GCGCCGGUGCUGGGACACAGUGUGCCCCAGGCAGCCGUGCCCGUGAGGCCCCUGGCGCUGCACCUGGCGCACAAGGCGCGCGGGUCCGGGGGCCCCUUCGGCGGGGAGCAGCCGCUGCGGGACCCGCCGGCUGAGGAAGCCCGGGAAGAGGAGGCAGUGACUGGCCCUGAGGAGAAGCUGCAGCCGCCGCCGCCGCCUAAGGAGAACCCUUGGACCAAAAAGCCUCCCCAGCACCUGUCCCCCACCGGGACGGAGCCGCCGCCGCCCCCGCUGGAAACCCUGGAGGCAGAGCUCAGUUCUCCCAAAAUUAUAAAAGCAGGAAAACUCAAGACAAAGAAGACCAAUAAGGCUAGUGAUUUCGGCGACAUGGCAAAUUGGCCAACACCAAGCGAGUUAGUGAACACUGGAUGUCAGAGUGUUAUUAGCCAAGGAAAUAAGAAGCCACAAAAUAGAAAAGAAAGGGAUGAGAAAAUUGAAAAGAGAAGCAACAAUGAGAGCAAAGAAAACAGAGAAACAAAAUUAGAUGGUCCCGGUGAAAAUGUCAGUGAAGAUGAGGCUCAGUCAAGUAAUCAACGAAAGAGAGCUAAUAAGCACAAGUGGGUACCACUCCACUUAGAUGAUGUAAGACCAGAUGGUCAAGAAAGACCAGGAUCCCGGAACAGCUCAAGAAGUCAACUUGAAGCAAAUAAAACAGCACAUAACAAUAGGCGAAAUGAUACACGAAGUUGGAGGCGAGAUAGAGAAAAGAGAGAUGAUCAAGAUGAAGCUUCCAGUGUGAGAAGUGAGGGUGGUAACAUCCGAGGUCCCCUCAGAGGACGGGGAAGAGGACGAGGACGGGGAAGAGGACGGGGACGGGGAAAUCCUCGAUUGAACUCUGAUUAUUCAUGUGGUUAUCGAGAACAUGGUGAAAGGACGGAUCAACCAUUUCAAACAGAACUUAAUACCAGUAUGAUGUAUUACUAUGAUGAUGGUACAGGCGUACAGGUGUAUCCUGUGGAAGAGGCAUUGCUUAAAGAGUAUAUUAAGCGACAAAUUGAAUAUUACUUCAGUAUAGAAAAUUUGGAGCGGGACUUCUUUCUUAGAAGAAAGAUGGAUGAACAAGGUUUCUUGCCUAUUUCCUUGAUUGCUGGUUUCCACCGUGUUCAGGCUCUCACUACAAACCUUAACCUCAUUUUAGAGGCAUUGAAAGAUAGCACCGAAGUGGAAAUUGUGGACGAGAAGAUGAGAAAAAAGAUAGAACCAGAAAAAUGGCCAAUUCCUGGCCCUCCUCCACGUAGUAUGCCACAAACAGACUUCUCCCAACUGAUUGAUUGCCCAGAGUUUGUACCAGGCCAAGCCUUUGGCUCACAUACAGUCAGGGUGAUGAUCUGCUGAUGCUCUUGGAUGUCAUUUGAUUGGAAUAUGCAGUGGAAUAGGUGAAUCACUGAAAUGUCAAUAUAAACGUUGGAACAACUUGUGCUGCAGAAAUGAAAGCGACCAGAACCGUCUUCUGUUCAAGAAUGUCUACUUCAACUCUUUGUGAAGGAAGUCGGGCCAGCACUACAGUGGAGAUAACCACCUUUGUUGAUGAUGAGAGACAGACAAGAGGACUGCUGUUGUUUUUAUAGGAGCUGCCCAUUUAUGUGUAAUUGGCCUGGGCUGCAUGGGCUACUUUUAUUCACGGUGGGAAAGAAGAUUCUGUUUUUUGCUUCCAGAGUUGUGUACAUCAGUAAUGCAAAAAUAGAUUUGAAUGGCGUUUCCCAGAUUUUCAGGUCCUUUGCUGUUUGAUUUGUCCUUCAAUAUAGUGUACAUUGCAUAUGCACAUGUUGUUAUGAUACUUCACAUGGACUAUAAGAUUUAUUAAUGUGGACAUUAAGGGAUAAGAAAUUUAAGGAAUGAACGAGGGUAUAUUUUUCUUUACUCUUCCAAAUGUAUUUUUGAUAUAUUAUUAUAGAGAUAUAACCAUCAAUAAAGCAUUGAUGAUGGAUAGUUUCAAAGAUUUUUUUUAUCUCGUUGUUCUUUGUAAAUCCUCUCUGCUUCUAAUCCCAGCAAGCAACGUGGGCACGUAUUUUAAAAGUUGAAGAAAAGUAACAUUGUUUCCGUUUUUUUUUUAAUAUGUAAUGGCUGACUGUACAAGUUAGAUUUAUUUAUUGUGUAAACUUGGGGCCCAAGAUGACAUUUUUAACCUGCUUAUGAACAGGCACUGGAUAAAUUAGAUAAAAUGGAAAAUUCUUUUUCCACAGGGUGGCUUAGGUCAGUCAAAUUAGUGAUGCCUGUCCAUUAACCAUUUGUGUAUUAUUAAUAAAAUUAUAAGAAUAAAAUCAUAAUGUCUUGUAUACUUUUUUUUUUAUAUACACGCAGAUGCAUGCACAUACAUAUUGCCUGAAAUUAGUCAGUGUUUAUUAUGUUGUCAUUUAUUUUGGGUUCUUAUAGAUUGUACAUUAGAAACCAAAUCGAUAAUGAGGAAAUAUUGAAAAAGAAAUGUUUUUGGAAUUAUUCUAAUUCCUACUAGACCAUAGGAAUAAAAAUACCAACUUAAUCUUUUCCCAAGAGUCCCCAAAUUUCUGACCAUAACAAUCCCCUUCUGAUAAGGAACCCUAGUGGACUAAAUUCAGUGGAGAGUAGUAUGUCACCAAAAAUGUGAAAUGUAAAUAAGGUAUAGGACACCUAGACUAUCAUUCUUUGUACCUGUGGGUGGAGAAAAGUAGUGAAACUUCUAUCUGUAUCCUUUUUAUCUUAAAUUAGAAGAACUUUAAAAUUUAAAAACAAACUCUUCCUGAGGGAUUUAUUUUUGAUUCUCUUCAUCAAAGAAAUGAAAUUUUCUAUUUUUUCCUGUACGGUAGUUGAAUUGUCUAGCAUGGGCUGACCUUUGUACUGAGCAGAGAAACCUUAAUGUCUCAAAAAAAGAUUGAUGAGAGUGGAUAGUAAGAUGUUAUUUUUGAAAUGAAGUUUUGUAGUGCUUUAAAUACAUACUGCAAUAUCAACCCUUAAAUGAUUUCAUUCACAAAAAUUGAGAAUCAGAUACCUGACAGUCUGUUUUUUUUUUUUUUUUUUUUUAAUGUUUGGGAGGAUCCCUGGGAUUUCCUUUGAAAACUUGAUACUCAGAAGUAUUCUUGAAAGUGCCACAGAUAAAGUAUAUAAUCCUUUUAAAGAGACCAAGAAACCUGUGUAAUUACCCAGAGCUCUGAUUCCCUAAAGGUGGAUUAAAAAAAGUCAUACCAGAUAGAUGAAAUGGAAUAUAUGUGACAAUUUAUCUUUGGAGAGUCAAAUUACAAUUUUCAGUGAAUGAAAGCAGUGAAGAUAAAUAUUUUCUUUCAUGUUUUUACAAAUUGUAACAAGCAUUAAAGUAUGUAAUUUUUUUGUCUGUAAAUAAUGUGACAAUAAUCCAAGUCGUCAUAUUCAAACUCAUUUGGCCAUGGAAAGUUAGAGGUUUUCCAUUACCCUUAAAAAUGUCAUUCACCGUAAAAGAAAAUAUAGAUGCAGAAAACCAACCAGAACAGCAUACAUUGGCUUAAAUAUUUUAAGGUAAACUUUCUUUAAAAAUCUUAUUCUAAAACUGUUCUAAAUUUUCUUUGGCUAUUUAAUGUUAAUGGAUUUCUCACAUAUGUUUUGAUGAUUGUAAAAUGACAUCAUGGUAGAAACGUAAUUCAAGCUCAAAAAGCAUUUAGGGAUGAUUAUGUAAUAAACUGCUAAAUGGGUGUUGAAAGAUUAAAUUUCUGGUAGGGAAAUCAGUAACUACUAUUUUUAAUAUAGAAAUUUAAUGUGGCAGGUGUUCUAAGAUUUCUACAUGAACUAUACAUAUAGUAUUUUGGAGUCCCUGAGUAGCGCUAAGGAUUUAGCCCUCGGCUGCUAACCCAGAAGUGUCUUGAAGAAAAACCUGGUGAUCUGCUUACAGAAAGUCAGCCAGUGAAACCCUGUGGAGAACAGUUCCGCUUUUGACACACGUGGGGUCGCCGUGACUCUGAAUUAACUCAGUGGCAACUGGUUAUAUAUAGUGAUUUAGUUAAUUCUCAGUAGUAUGAAGUAACUGUGUCAAUCUCCAAACCCAGUUACUGUGGUGUGGUCCUUAAUCACGCCUUAAAGGCCUAAUUCACUGUAUGAACAUAGGAAUAGGGUUCUCUGGGGUUAAUGUUUUUCUCAUUCCUGUGACUUCAACACUGACAGUCUAAACCCAGUAUUUCAACUGGACUACUUUUGUGGACUAAAUGGUGAUAUGUGUACUGUUAAUUAAGAAAGUUCUAGUGCAGUAAUGUCGAAUAUAAAUAUAAUAUGAGAAACAUAAUGUAACAAAUUCUAGUAGCCUUAAAAAAUAUAAAACAUGAAGUUUAUUUUAGUAAUAUUUUAAAUUUAACUCAGUAUAAGCAAAUAUCAUUUACAAGGUAAUAAUCAUUUUAAAAUUUGACAUAGUUUCCAUUUUUUUCUCAUACCAAGUCAUCGUAAUUGAGUGUAUACUUUACACUUAGAGCAAUUUCCUGACUAGCCACAUUUCAAUGGCUCAGUAGCCACAUAUGGCUAUUGUGUCAGGCAGCACACUUCUAGAGCUUUGUUAUGAAACAAUAUACCUCUUUUUAAAGUGAUAAAGUAAAUUUUUUGGACCCAAAUCUGUUGAGUUCUGAAACUGAUUCUGAGUCCAUGGGGAAGAUCCAUCUUACUCU